AUGACGGAGCAGACGCAGACACAAACGCAAACACAAACGCCGCCACUAGCGACGCUUGCUGUCAACAGCAAAGCUCCCAACGGCAGCCAGGCGAAUGGCUCGGCGCACACAAACGGAGCUGCCACUGAUCCCUCCAAGCGACAGGACUCCGGACCGAGCGGCACCUCCAAGGAAGACAGCAAGCCAGCCAAGUCCAAACGACGGCCGCGCGGCGGCUUCGACCCGACCAAGCUUCCCGACGCCCCCCAAGGAUACACCGUCCGCUUCACAUUCCACUCGGCGUCCAACCUGGCGCCCGGCGACAUCAGCUCUGCCGCCUCGGACCCCUACCUGCACGCCACGCUCAAGGUCUCUGGCCUGAAGCGUCACAAGGAGGACCCGGACCUGACGCAUCGCACGCGCACGCUGCGCCGCACCCUCGAGCCCGAAUGGAACGAGCAGUGGACCGUCGCCAACGUGCCGCCGACGGGCUUCACGCUCAAGUGUCGUCUCUACGACGAGGACUCGCCCGACAAGGACGACCGCCUCGGCAACGUCACGGUCCGCAUCCCGCACCUCUUUGAGGGCUGGGAGGGCAUCCCGCCGCCCGGCCGCACGUUCGAGGGCAAGAAGCGCAUGAUGAGCAAGCGCGCGUACCUCAUCAAGACGGUCACGAAUCUGUUUCACUCGCACUCGCACAUGUCGCCGCUGGUCCAGCUCAGCAUCGAGCUGCUCGGCCCCUCGGAUCCGCCACACGGCCACAUGUACACCGUCGGGCCUGCAGGCUGGGUGCAGCACUUUAGUCCCAUGAUCGGGCGACUUGCCGGCACAAAGGUGGACAAGGACAAGAGAGACGAUGGCGAGGCGUCCAGGAAGAAGGAGCAGCAACUUGAUCAAGAGCAAACCAACGGAGAGGGCUCCAGCUCCAGCAAGCAAGCCGACAAAAACCAGCGCUACGAAUUCCGAGCGAAUGAGAUGCAGCUCGUCGGCCCCAUCCCCCCGAAACUGUACCACCGCUUCGUCGCCUUCCGCCCCGUCAUCGGCUCCAUGUUCAUGUCCACCGGCAUCCGCGGCAAGAUCCUCAACAAGGCGCUCCACAAGCAGCAUAACCGCAUCUACAACUUUGACAGCAGCACCGAGUACGGCGAGAUCGAGCCCUGCUCCGAGGCCGCCACUCGGCAGUUCCUCAAGCUCGCGCGCUUCGACGAAGGGGGCAAGGUCUUCACCUACGUCCUCACGCUCGACUCCCUCUUCCGCUUCACCGAGACCGGCAAGGAAUUCGGCAUCGACCUCCUCAGCAAGCACACCAUGCACUCGGACGUCGAGACCUACAUUGCCUUUUCCGGCGAGUUCUUCAUCCGGCGCCUGGAGAAGCCCACCGCCUCCGACGACGCCGACCCCAAGGGGCGAACGCACCCCGACGAGGAGAUCCCCGGCGGCCCGCCCGACGACGCGCCCCCGCAGGACCCCGAGUACUACCAGCUCGUCAUCGACAACGACUCGGGCACGUACCGCCCGGACAAGUCGGUGCUGCCGGACCUCAAGUCCUUCUUCGAGCGCAACUUUCCCGGCCUCGGCGUCGUCACCAUGCACUGGGAGGACGAGGAGCUGCAGGACAUGAAGGACGCGCAGCACGAGGCCAAGAAGAACGAGGGCAAGGUGAUGCGCGGCGUGCUCAACCGCAGCAUGAGCAGCAUCAGCUCGGCCGAAAGCGAGCUCGAGGACCGCCAGCAGAACUGGGACGCGACCAAGAGCAAGCGCGAAAAGGCCCUCGAGGCGAUUGAGCAGCCGAGCACCGUCAAGGAAAAGGCAAAGCAUGUCCUGCACUAA